AUCCUCAUUGAUCCCAUUGCACUUGACUUUGAAUUGCUCGUCUCUCCUGCCACCCAUAUAAACAGACAAGCACGCAGGCCGGCUCUCACUAUGGGGUCUACUACUCCCACUUCACGAUCAAGACGCUCACAUUUAAAUCUUCACGAGCUGAAUCUAUCCAUUGCUCCGCUGAGCUCAAAAUACCCCCUCGACGCCUCUGCUCCGCCUUCGCCAUCUGGAGAAACCCUGCACACUCCACGCACUUCCUACAUAGCACAGAAAAGUGCGCCCACCACGCCCGGCAUUCUCAGUCUGAGCCAAAGCCGUAGCAACUCUCGCAAUGGCAGACGCAACCCCAGCAAACCAUACGCUUACGAUGGCUACUUCAUAAAUCCCGAUCAUCCUGUAAGGGACGAUGGGGAAAUUCCCAAAGCGAAAAGCACUACUACCAUGCUCCCGGGCGUGAGUUUUGUUGACCAACCCUCCAAAGGGAGACACCACACACGCAAAGGCACAGCCCCAUUGCCUCUCCGCAAACCGUUGCAUCGGCACCAUACAAGUGAUACAACAGAUGGAUGGUUCCAUCGCGCCGGCAUAGCGAUUGCGGGCGAGACGCGUGAUUCCAAGGGCCAGGGCUGGCUCAUUAGGAGGGAAAGUUCGACCAGUCUCGUACAGUCGGCAGAUGACUACGACGAUGAGGCGAAAGCUCGUCAUGUGGCGCUGCUUUCUGGCGAGAGCUUGAAUAAUGCCGACUACGAUACACCUUUUACCCCGCGUCUUUCACGUGCGGGUAGUCGAAUGCAAAGCCGCCUACACAGUCGGAUGGGGAGCCGCAUUCAUAGUGCGCGACAGAGUAGGCGAGGCUCGACCGCCGGCAGUCGAGUUGAUUUGGUCAUGUCUGCUAGAUCCAAGGCAUCGAGCGCCAGGCAUAGUCUCGAGUUGGACGAAAGCAUGUUUGAGCGUGACCAAAUCGAACCAGACUUCAUAGAGGCCGAUGAGGAAGGCGAUGAUGACGAGGAAGAGGUUGCCCGGCUUGCUCGAGAGCGCGGCUUUGGGCUGGGAACUUGGGUGGACAAACUGAUCGGCUGGUCGCUUUUCAGCGUGGAUGAGGAUGGUGAAGACUCAUCAUCCGAGGACGACGAUGAAGAAGAAGAUGAAAGCAUGCGACCCGAGAACAUGACUAAAGAAGAGUUUCGAUUAAGACGAGAGGUAGAAGCCAAGAGGAGAAAACUGGAGCGCGAGGCCAUUAUCGCUGCUUCGGCUGUUCAUGCCCACGAUAAGGACACAGCAACAGAUGAUGAGGCCGAGAACAAACCACCUCCCCCGGGCGAGGAAGGUGGUGGCUGGGCAGAUGCUGCCUGGUUGUUCACCGUCGCCUCGAAAGUCAUUCUCUAAAGAGAAGAAAUAUGUAUUGCUAGAUCACCAGUCCUUCCUCGCGUCCUGCUUCGUACUCAACUCUAUUUUUUACUCGCUUUUGCGCAUGUAUCUUUACUUUCUUGCCUGUCUUUAAGCACACCCGGCCUAGAGUCUUGAAUUACUACUGAGAUGAUAAUUUUUAUUUUCACCAAUUAAUAUUAGCCGGAGCAUGCAAUAUCAACCAACAUCACGUAAACACAUUACUAGACGUCGUACAUACUCCAUCCAGCAUGCCCAUCUCCAAUGAACCAAAACCACGCCAUGGCCUCUUUCCCCUCCCGCUGAAACCC